AUGGUAUGGUUCCAUCGAAUAUCGAAUAAGAAAUUAAGAAUGUUGACAUGUAACCAUCCAGUUUCUCCGGAUCGGUACAACAAUAGGGUAGAGGAGCAUCUACGAGUUACCGGUUUCUAUCAUGUAUCUCAGAUUGGGAUAGUGCAGUAUGUGGCUCUAAUUCUUGGUCUUCCCACAGAUGGUCUUCCAGUUACAGGAAUGACAAUGAGUAGUUUUGAAGCCAUGGAGGCGGAGUGUUUGCUUCAAUUUGGCGUUGCACCGCGUAAGGAGGACUGUAGAUCUAGCUGCAUCAAACUGACCUGGCUGCGGAAUCUAAAAGAGAAUUUAGAAUUGACCGAUGAAAUCAGUAUACAAAGGUAUGUGAGGUGCCACAUUAUGUUGCUGAUUGGGACGAUAUUGUUUGGGGAUAAGUCUAGGGCAGGCGUGCACUGGAUGUUUCUACCCUUGCUUCGUGAUUUUGUCAAUAUUGGACAGUAUAGCUGGGGAUCGGCAUGCCUAGCACACCUUUACAGGGCCCUAUGUAGGGCAUCUCGCUAUAACUGUAAGGAAAUAGAUGGACCACUAACACUUCUGCUCGGUUGGGCUUGGAUCCGACUGCCGUAUCUAUCACCGCUUCCUAGAGAAUCCCGCAGCUUUCCACUAGCAAAUAGGUAA